AUGAACUCCUCGGCGGUAGCAACCGGCUCCUCUGCCGCAGAGCAGCGCCCUGGACACAAACGAAGCAAAUCAGCUACCGUCUUGAAGUCCAUCAUGGUCUCCAAGAAUCACAAGCGCACACCAACAGAACAUACAUCUAUAGCGACGCCGAUCUCGCAUGAGAAUACCAGACCAUACAAUCCGCUUAUGAAAGGCAUGCCAUUGCUGCCAUCUGAUCACCCUGCUGCAGGUCAUCGAGUCCUAGGCGAAGCCCAGAACCUUCCGGCCAACGGUCCCACGGACGCAAAGCCGAAAGAAGCAAAAAGGGACAGGCCCAAGAGCCUGCACAAGAAGACGCUGAGCACGGUAUCGCUGCGCUCCCUGGGCAAGGAGAAAGAGGCGGACGACGAAGCCCGGGAGCGGAAGGAGGCUCGUCGGCGAGAGAAGGAGGAGCAGAAAAAGCUGAAGAAGAACAAGUCAUCCACAAGCCUUUCAGCCGCAUUCGCCAGGUCCGCAAAGUCAUCCAAGUCGUCCAAGGGGAGUGACGAGACACCUCAUCCGCCUAAAGACAAGGAAAACACCACACCACCCAGCUCCGCGGCCAUCGCAAUGCACACUCCCAUAUGGGCGAAGUUCUCGUCUCAGCGGUUCGAUGAGGUGACGACCACGACCUGCGUCCCGCUCAAUGAUCUUGACCUGCGCCAUGUCGGCGAGGAGAUAGCGCUGUAUACGCCCCAGGACUACUCGCCCUCAAAGCAAAGGAAUUUUGGUGUGCGCGAGCUACCAUCGCUGCAGAAGCGUGCGCCGCGCCCCAAGUCAGCAUAUCUGCCCAGCACUGGCUCCAGGACAUCCUUCAUGGAAACGGUAUCGAGGAAAUUGAGCAACGAGCGGACACCUACCUCGGCGCACAAGGGUGAAACAGCAGCGGAGCCAAGACAGCCCAGCGGAGAGCGCAGUAGGAUGGAUACGCUAGGAAUGGCGCUACUCCGACGCAGCAAUUCUGAGAAGCGGAAGGCGAGCAGCGAGCAGCCAAAAGAGGGCGUUACCGUUGCGAAGAGGGGAAACCGCGUGAUGGCUGCGGUUGCGGUGCUGAACGGUAAGGCGAAGGAGGCUGAGACGGCUGUUCUGGACGAACAGAAGAUCAAUGCCGAUUUUGAAGCCAUGCUUGACUCACGAAACAUCCCAGACCAUAUGCGGCCGUCCAUGCGCGCUCUGACACUGCGUGUCAAAGCCGACUUGGUCAAGCAGAACCAGCUUCCACCCUCCUCGUCAGCCAAAGACUUGAGUUCGGGCUCCCCGCUGUGGGGUGAGUCUGUGAAGAAAGACCCGGGCCAGACGCAGUCUAGAAAGCCAUCAGAUGGGGAGGAAAAUACACGAAUCCUCUCAGACGGCUCGAACUCCGCCAACACGCAAAAGCGCAGCCGGCCGCGCAGCAAGACGUUCACCUUCAGCAAAGAAGGUUCGUCUCCAACGGACGAACAGGAGUCUGAUGCGCGGAAGGCUGAGAAGAGAUCCUCCAAGUUGAUCGAGGUUCCCAGAGCGCCUUCUUCGACCUCUCUCGCAGCACCUGCCGUUGCUCAAAGCAAGGGGUUCUUCAGCAGAACACCUAAACCUGCCGUGCCAGAAGAUUUUGUGUCCUACCUCCGAAAAGUGCAGCAGCCACAAAUCGUCGAAGUCGGGAAGCUGCAUAAGCUGCGGCUGCUCCUCCGCAACGAGACCGUCGCCUGGGUCGACUCCUUCAUCCGGCAAGGCGGCAUGACCGAGAUCGUGUCGCUGCUGCACCGGAUCAUGCAGGUCGAAUGGCGCGAGGAGCACGAGGACGCACUCCUGCACGAAGCCCUACUCUGCCUCAAAGGUCUCUGCACCACAGAUAUCGCACUCGAAAAGCUCUGCGAGAUCGAAGCGACGCUUUUCCCAGCGCUCCUGGCUAUGCUCUUCGACGACGAGCACAAAGGACCCAGCGAGUUUACGACGCGCAAACUCAUCAUCGAUCUCCUCUUCGCGCACCUCAACGCUGCGGUCUCGCACUCCGAGCUGCUAUCCCAACGCGUUCAGACCAUCCUCUCCUACCUCCGCGAUCCGCAGCCAACCGAAGACCGCAAGCCCGUCGCCUUCGUCCUCGAGAUGCAAACUCCCCGCCCGUACCGCGUCUGGAGCCGCGAAGUCAGCAACGUCACAAAGGAGGUCUUCUGGAUCUUCCUGCACCACCUCAACGUCAUCCCUCUACCUACUUCCUCCAGCAGCACCGCCGCACCAUCCUUUAACGCUACUCAGCCGCCCCCACGGCCCCUGUCUUCGUCCGCCUACCUCGCGACUCACUUUCCCAAACCCCGCCCCCCAAUCCCCACCGCACCCUACGUCGGCGGCGUCGAGUGGGACAGCACACACUAUCUCUCCUCACAUCUGGACCUACUUAACGGCCUGCUCGCCUGCCUGCCCACAGCUGCAGAGCGCAACGCCUUCCGUGCCGAACUCCGCGCCUCUGGCUGGGAGAAGACCAUGGGUGCGACACUCCGCACGUGCAAGGAGAAGUUCUACGCACACGUGCAUGAGGGUCUCAAGACGUGGGUUGCGGCUGCCGUGGACGACGGGUGGGAUGUUGGGGAUGUGAGAUGCGGCGUGAGGGAAGGGCAAGGGAGUCCACGAAAGAGCAGCCCGGUAAAGAGUCCGAUGAAGGAGAAGCCGCCACAGCUUGAGGCGCCGAGGAUGGAGUUGCCCAGAUUGGCGCUGGACCUUGGGAAGGGGGCGGAGAAUGGG